AUGCCUACCGGAUCCUGUUUCUGCGAGAAGCUGAAGUACAGCUACGAGGGAGAGAUCCAAGCCAAGGCCCUCUGCCACUGCCGCGAUUGCCAGAAAAUCACCGGCUCAACCUACAGCACCAACAUCAUCGUGCCCGGCAACAACUUCAAAGUCACCUCCGGCAAGGACAAGACCAUCUCCAAGAAAGCCGACAGUGGGAACGAAAUUACCUCGCACUUCUGCGGCGACUGUGGCUCCACUCUGUGGCGUGAUGGUGCAACCUUCGGUGAGAAUAAGGUGAUCAAGGUCGGGUCUUUGGACUCGCCUGAUGCUUUCGACACGGCGAAGCCCGCUAUCGAGUUGUUUGCGCCUGAGAGGAUCGCGUGGGUGCAGGCUGUGCCUGAUGCGGAGCAGAAGAAGGAUAUGCCUUAG